UACGACGAUCUCUCUGAAAAGGAAAUUAUUUCUGAGAGGGAUUUUAUACUCAGCCAAAAGUCUCUGAAUAUAACUCCCUUCAAAGAUGCAAACAUCAACGACAAUCACAUCUACCUGGUCGAGUUACAGCAACCAAACAAAGACGAGGCUAUUAAAUUCCUUGACAACAAUGGCCUUAAACCAGAACGGGUUGCUCGUGUUGUUGUCUUUUUCGGAGGAAAACUAAGCCCCGAAGUUAGAGAAUAUUUGGUGUCCCCCGCUGCCAAGAGUUCCCUUUACAAGGAAACCACAGGACCUGGGCACAAAUAUCCAAUACCCUAUGAAGCACACCCGGAGGACUCGAAAGAACUCGACGCAACGGAGAGUUUCAUUUUAAAAAUGUCAGAACAGCUACGGGAUUUGUUCUACGAAAGCUUUGAUGGGUAUACCUACGACAAUUGUACGGAUCGCUGUUUGACCUGGGAUUAUAGCAGCCUGGGUGAAUUUGGUUUGCGCAAGAAAUGGUUCUUUUUCAAGCGCGAUCUCCCAGGAAAUUAUUUACAUCCUGUUGGCCUUAGUUUAUAUGUUGAUACUAGAGGAAGUGAUGUGUCGAGAUGGAAAGUCGAAAAGGUGGUUUAUCUUAAUUCUUCAUUUGACAGUGUAGAAGAAUUAAUGGUAGCUUACAGAAAUGACUCUGUGAAUAAGGUUUUCAUUCCCGCGCCUUCAUACUCACCUGAAAAGCUCCUUUUUUCGUCGUAUCUGCGCCGCGGGGCUCGCAUCCCUCAAAGCCUUUGCGCCCCCUUCAAUUGGUUGAGCCAGAUGGAAAGAAAUAUACGGUCAGCGGACGUCAUGUAG